AUGAGAGUAGCCAUUGAUGAAAAAUACUUUGUCGGAAGGUGGUAUAGUGUGAAAGGAAUCAGCGCGACGAGAAAACCCAGUAUCAUCAGUCAUCCCACCUUAAUCGACCCGAUAGAGCCUGUCGUCUUGGCUUUUGAUAUUGAAACUACGAAGCUUCCUCUGAAAUUUCCUGAUCCAGCUAUGGAUGAGAUCAUGAUGAUCUCGUAUAUGAUCGACGGUAAAGGUUUCCUUAUUAUCAACCGUGACAUUGUUGCGGCAGAAAUAGAGUCUUUCGAGUACACACCUAAGGAAGAGUACAAAGGAGAGUUUUUCAUCUUCAAUGAAGCCGACGAAACUGCGACAAUCCGAAGGUUUUUUGACCACAUUCUUCAAAUUCGGCCGAAUAUUAUUGUUACAUAUAACGGAGACUUCUUCGACUGGCCAUUCGUUGAAACGCGAGCGCAAAUACGAGGUAUGAAUAUGGAAAAUGAGAUCGGAUUUGCGAAGGAUUCCGCCGAUGAAUUCAAGAGUCGAAAUUGUAUUCAUAUGGAUGCAUUCAGAUGGGUAAAGCGUGAUUCUUAUCUACCCAUUGGAAGUCAGAACCUGAAGGCCGUCGCAAAAGCUAAAUUACGGUAUGAUCCGGUAGAAGUUGAUCCGGAAGAAAUGUGUAAAAUGGCACGAGAGGACCCGCAAAGUUUGGCCAAUUAUUCAGUAUCUGAUGCUGUGGCCACCUAUUAUCUAUACAUGAAAUACGUUCAUCCGUUUGUUUUUGCUUUGUGCACCAUUAUUCCGCUCGGACCGGAUGACGUACUCAGGAAAGGCUCGGGCACCCUAUGCGAAGCGCUUCUAAUGGUGGAAGCUUUUCAUAGUAAUAUUGUGUUCCCAAACAAGUACACUGAGGACGAUGAAAGCAAAUCUACCAAGGACGGUCACCGGAUCGAAUCUGAAACAUAUGUUGGAGGUCAUGUAGAAGCUCUAGAAGCUGGUAUUUUUCGUGCCGAUAUUCCGUGCAGGUUUCGCUUGUCACCUGCUGCGCUAAAGAGUCUUCAUGACUCCGUUCAGGACACGCUGGAGAAAGAACUGCUCCGAGAACAUAACAUUCCCCGGGAGAAUGUGCUUGACUUUGAGGAAAAGGGUACGGUCCAACAAGCGUUCACUGACCUAAUAGCUAUUCCUGCCAGGAUGGAAAACCCACGCAUUUACCACUUGGAUGUCGGCGCCAUGUACCCGAAUAUAAUUCUAACGAAUCGGUUACAGCCGUGUGCGAUGGUUAACGAAGAAGUCUGUAUGGCGUGUUGUUAUAAUCGUCCCGAUGCUAAAUGUAAACGAGUCAUGAAUUGGGAAUGGAGAGGAGAAUUAACUCCUGCCUCACGUGGUGAGCUCCAACAAAUUAUCCAACAACUAGAAGGAGAAACAUUUGGAAGACCUCCAAAAGCCUUUCAUCAGUUAGAAAAAGCUGAAAGGCAAGCCAUCGAGAAGAAGAGAAUACAAGAAGUGCGACAAACUAUGAUCUGUCAGCGUGAAAACGCUUUCUACGUUGACACAGUGAAAGCCUUUCGCGAUCGUAGAUACGAUUACAAAGAGCUGUUGAAGAAAGCGAAAUCAUCGCUCGACGAGCUGUCUAAAGAUGAUAUUGCGGGCAUCAAAGCUGCCAAGGGUCGUAUUGUGCUGUACGAGUCUCUGCAGCUGGCUCACAAAUGUAUUCUCAACUCUUUUUAUGGAUAUGUGAUGCGCAAAGGCAGCAGAUGGUUUUCUAUGGAAAUGGCUGGCAUCGUUUGCCAUACAGGAGCUCAAAUUAUCACCGAGGCCAGGAAAUUAGUGGAGCAGAUUGGAAAGCCACUUGAGUUGGAUACCGAUGGAAUAUGGUGUUUACUCCCAGCAUCCUUUCCCGAGAACGUCACUUUUGCUCUACAGAACUGCAAAAGGAAAUCGAUUACCGUAUCUUAUCCUGGUGCCAUGCUGAACGCAGUUGUGAAUGCUGGCUUUACAAAUGAUCAGUACCACAAUUUACAACCAGACGGGUCGUACACGAUCACAAAAGAGAAUUCCAUUUUCUUCGAGGUGGACGGGCCAUACCAAUGCAUGGUUCUUCCUGCUUCGAAGGAAGAAGGGAAGAAACUCAAAAAGAGAUAUGCGGUCUUCAAUUUGGAUGGAUCUUUGGCAGAAUUGAAAGGAUUCGAGGUGAAACGUCGUGGUGAACUCAAUAUCAUAAAGCACUUCCAGUCUGCAGUCUUCAAGGCGUUUCUUCGCGGAACGACACUCGCAGAAGUAUACGAGAGCGCCUCUCGUGAAGCGGACUAUUGGCUCGAUGUUCUGUUUUCAAAAGGUGGCUCCUUGUCUGAUGCAGAGCUUUUUGAUCUGAUUUCCGAAAACAGGAGCAUGUCAAGAAAACUAGAAGAUUAUGGAGCUCAAAAAAGUACGAGUAUCAGUACAGCUAAAAGAUUAGCUGAGUUUCUUGGCGCCGACAUGGUCAAGAAUAAAAUCAUUACAAUUCCUGCAGCACUACAAGGAUUACCCAAUCCCGUUGCCAGAAUCCCACAUCCUGAUUGGCUUGCUAAUAAGAUCAAGAAUAGGUUUGAUUCCAUCCGCCAACCAAGAAUCACAGAUCUUUUCCACAAGAAGUUACCGGAUGACUCACCACCGGUAAUUAAUGACAACGGAAAGCGUAGUCGGGAUGAGAUGGAGCAGGUGGAGGCAAUCGACAGAGAUGAAGGAAACAAAGAGAAUGAUCCGAAAAAACAGCGACCAGUUCCAGAGGCAGGCAACGAAACUCUUUCAAAGAAGACAUUGGCGCGAGAUGGUUUCGACGAGUGGUUGCGAUAUCUCAAGAAGAAAUGGCGGUUGGCUAAAGUAAACAAUCUCACAAGAAGAAAGGAGAGAGGGUUUACAAUGGUCGAACGAAUGCUGUCGAAUACACGAGAAUCCAUGCGUGAUAGGAUAUGGCAGGUACUGUCCAUAGAGGAGACGAGGACGCCUGGAAUUUACAACAUCUGGGUAGCACUAGAAGGUCGAAUGGAUAGAUUUCAAUUGCGAGUCCCUCGAGUUGUGAUCAUAAAUGAGAGGGAACCACUAGAAGGUCGAGAAGUCGUACGGAGAGUGCUACCCCAUCAUAAACCAGUGCACUAUCUGUACGAGCAUAUCAUAAGUGGUAGCACAGAACAGAAGCUGAUGAAUGAAAUCAAUGAAAAAUUAUGCUGCUCACGUAUUGAGGGUAUUUACGAGUCUCAAACUCCUUUGACAUUUCGUGCAUUAACCCAGAUCGGAUGUCUCUGUCGUCCUCUAGCCCCACCAAUCGGUGGAGUUUAUUCACUCGAGGUAGUUCGAUCUGGUGUUCUCCAGGACACGCGACAAGUGUGGGCAAUGGUUGAUUCUGCUUCCUCGACGGGAGCGUUUUUUGUUGUUCAGCGUGGAGAAGUUGCAAUGCCUAACAUGGAUAGAAUAUAUUCUCAAGUCUUCGAUGAAGAGAAAGACCAGAUGGCUUCAACCAGUGAUGUUCGUCAAGGUAUCAAAUUUGCGACUCGUCAUUUCCGUGUAGCUGCUGAAGCUGAGAAGGAAAUUAAUAAGAUGUUGCGUUUGAGUAGAGAGGCCAGUGUAAAACCAUCGCUAUUAUGUCUGCUCAUCGAUGAGGAACCACGAGUUAUGAUGAAGAGGAUAGUGCACUUAUCACUGUUCCCUCAUAUUCGAAUUCACGUACAAGAGCCUCAGUCCUUGUUAAACGUAAUGGAGUGGCAACGUGUGGUAGCAAAACGAGUCUGCAAGCACUACUUCAACAGUUUCAUCUACGUGAAAGACUACACCGAAUGGGCUCGUUAUCUCCAUGUCCCUAUUGGUAGUGUACCAAAUGACGCAGGUCUCUUUGGGCUUGAUCUAUUUUUUGCUCGCAAUCUUCAAAGGGCUGGACAUGUUCUUUGGGCAUCGCCUUCGAGCCGACCUGAUCUCGGCGGCAAAGAACUUGACGAUCUCCGUCUUAGUGCAGAUUGGAAACCAUUGACACUGGACGAAACAGUUCUGCUGAAUACGCCAUCGUUCUGCGGAAGUAUAUGUAUCGAAUUUGCUCUCGAGGCCGUUGCGGUAUGUUUUUUCUGA